UAUGAACUUUACCCGUUCGGAAUUACGACUGGCGUGGCACAGCACACAUAAAUCCGACAAUUGUGAGGGUUGCUCUCAAAGCCUGGGUGGGUCUUCCACGUUGGUCGCUCUAUUGAUUCGUUGGGCUGGCCAGCAUAGCAAAUCGCCCCAAAGGAGCUGACGGAGUAUUGGUAGGGUUAGGGAAAAACGCGUUCUGAUCAAUUCAAUUCCAGGAGCUCAAUCUUCCGACUGCCGGAGCGUGAAUUCAUUCUCAUUUUGGUAGUUUUUUGUCUCUUGGUUAAUCACCGCACAUCUCAGUAAGGCGACCCCGGUAGACCAUGUAAUCGUCAAGCGACUGCCCCGUGAAGCGUGACAGCUCGGUGAGUAGCCCAAGGCGUUUCAUACUAUUCACUACCACAGCGUGCCGCUCGCUUGAGAGCGAGCUUACGGCGGAGCCAGUGGGAGCGUAGCAGCGACUCGUAGCAGAUGUGUCAAAAGCCUCUACGGCGAUAGUAAACCAGUAAAUGAUAGAUGUGCCGGCCGCUCUGGCGGACUGAGGGUUGCGCAAGCGGUGAUAAGUGGGGCGACGGCGGUGAGCGGUGGCGAAGGGGCGGAGCUUGAGUGGGAAGCGGAGAGAGUAGCAGGUCGAACGAUAGCCACGGAUUCACUUUACGUUUACGGGGGAUGGGGGAAUGUGAGGCGCACGAGCAAUCUGCGACUACGAAGACAGACCACCCACCAAAUGAUCUAACAGACCCACGGACAGACAUGAUACAAAACGGUCCCAUCGCGGAAAUGGCUGUGGAUAGCCCUACUACUAAAACUACGAAAACUUGUAAGGAUUUGAAAUCGACGAGUGUCAAAGUGAAAUCUACAACACCCAGUGUGAAAUCGACAUCGGUUCAGGAGAACUUAGCAUCCAACCCAGCUUCCCUUCUCGCCGCGAUUGGCGAUUCCGAGGAGUAUGUGAAACCGAUUGUUAAAGACGGUGAAAUUAUUUUGGAAGUUGAGUGUGGCCAAAAUAAGGCGUAUUUGUACUUAUCGAAACUUUGCCAAGGAAGCAAGGGCCCGUGCAUAUAUUUCCAAACUUCGUGGUUAACACCCAAUGAGUUUCAGUUCGUCAGUGGACGAGAGACCGCUAAAGACUGGAAGAGAUCUAUUCGCCACCAUGGAAAGAGUUUGAAGCUUCUGUUGACAAAAGGCAUCUUGUCUGUUCAUCCGACUGUAUGUGAUUGUGAGGGAUGUCGCCACGGGUCCAGUACGCCGACGCGGUGUCGGACUGGAGAGAAGCGCAAAACGCCCUCCACUCAGGAAAAGAAAGUCAAGAAAUCAUCUGGGGCCGUGGAGCAUCACGCAAAUGGCGCUUUCAAACCCGUGGAUCGUUGUCGACCGACUGAAGGGGCCAAACCUCCAUCAGGUGUGGAGGGUAAACUGCCCCAGGAUCAGAACCUCCCCAACACCAGUGGGAAGAAGGCAACAGAGAAACACUGCAGCCCCUUGAAGGAGUCCACGUCAACAAAUGUCAUAGACGCACCCAAGAGUCAACAGUGUGAAAGACUGAUCGAAUCGGAAGUUCAGACCUUGAAGAAGGUCAAAGUUCAAGGUCAAGUUCACGUCGAUUCGAUCAUCUCAGUACCGAAGAUUCCAGUUAUUGAAAACGUACCUGAAGUAGUUUCAUUACCACCUACUGAGACACGUGCUUCAACACUACCAGUUAAAGAGGUCAUCAAAAGUGAUGAGCCGCCGCCACCAAAGUGUGAACAAAGCGCUGAACUACCCGAGGUCAAAUACAAUGAACCCGUGUCAACGCCUCUACCACCAGAGGUCAAGGUCGAGGUCAAGGUUAAAGUGGAACCGAAACCGACAGCACCGUGCCCGGAGCCUUGUGUCAGCGACGUAUCAUGUUCUGACAUCAAUGUUACAGAGUCUGUGUGUGUGACGGACAGUGUAGACGUUUCCGUCAAAGUGGAAAGCGAAAAGACAGAGACACUUCCACGAAGUGCAAUGCCUGUCCCAAUGGAGGCAAACGAUGUAAAUAUUUCAAGCGACGCCCAACCGUCCUCGCCCUGCUCAUCUAGUUGCCCCUCGUCACCGGAGCCAACCGGAGACUCGGAAAUCUGCCAAAGGACGCUGCCAAUGUGCCCCAAAAAUUCAAAAUCCCAUUCCGUCAAAGCAGCAGAGAGACAUGUCGAACAUGCGAGUGCGUCAUCAUCACACGGGAAAGAACCCGAAAAGUGCAAGGAAAGUGUUAAACCUAAGACUCACGUCACGCACGAGACGAAACACAAAGUGGCAGACGAGCAUAUUCCCAAGUGCAGCAAGAGGGAACAAGAGAAGGCGUCACCACGGUCGAUACAAGACUCUCGGACGACAAAUGAAGUCGCACAAAUUCGACAACCAGAAACUGGCGACGCCGCCUUCAGCGACUACAUGAGACUUCUGGCUGCCGGCCACGGGCCUCAGAUGUUGCAUCAGCCCCCGUCAGGAAUGGAACCGAUGUAUGACAUGAGGCCGCCUCAAAUUCACGUCAAUCCUGCAAUGCUUCAUCCGCUCCACGCAUGCUCAAUGUACAGCCACCCUGGAAUGGUCCAGAAAGAACCGGUGUUAUACCCAACAACGGCAGGUGCAUUACCUGCUAAUAUCGGGGCGCCAUGUUUUGCCCCAAUGCAUAUGAUGCCGCCUAGGGUUCAAUACACGGUUCCCCAACCACCCAUGGUGGACAUGUCUCGAUCUCUCCAAUAUUUACCGUUACCCGGAAGUGUUCCGUAUCACUGUGGAACUAUGGGAGGACUUAAACGAGGGAACGUUGAAAUGGAGACAGCUUCCGCCUUGGAUUUAUCUACAUCUAAAAGACUACGUUUAGAGUAUCCUGCGCCAGAUUACAGGUUGGACACGUUGCCUGUUUGUCAUGGAUUCCAACCAUAUGGAUACGAUUAUUCCAGAAGUUUGAGUGAUGAGCUGUCACGGAAAAUGUACGCAGAGGAAGGUUUUAAGCCGACCGGAAGUUUAGACUUUAAACCCUACACCCCAUCUUGGAUGGACCACGCUGGGAAAUCUGUUCUUCACAGGUGUACGUGUGCUGAAAGCAGGCCCGGCGACAUCCGUUUUUGGUCUGUUGAAGAUGUGUGUAGAUUCAUCAGUAUGCUGGACGGAUGCAGCUUAUACGCCGAGAAUUUCCGAGAGCAGAGAGUAGAUGGAAAAAUACUGCCUUUACUAACAACAGACCACCUCAUGAAAAAUCUUGGCAUGAAGCUUGGGCCAGCCCUCCUUGUGUCAGAAGCUGUUGCCAAGAAGGUUCAGGAAGCUAGCAAAUUCCCCGGAUGUGACAACUGCCGGAAACUGAUUCUUGGUGCUAGCUAGGCGCAUGCGCACAUUAUUGACAAUGCAUUGACUUGAAGUUGAGAGGAACUUCGAAUAAGACUUUCCCAAUGGACAAACAGUGCUCUUCAUCUGCAGAACAAUUGUGAUAUAAGUUAUUCAUGAUAAUCUAACUCUCGUUCUCCGUUCCUUGGGAGAAUUCGAUAAUGUGUUCGUCAGCACGAACGAGUAUUCGUUUUGUGAUCGUUGAGUUUUGAGAUGUGUUGUGCCGUUUAAUGUUUUGUGCACGAACUUUUGUACUGUCUUAUGUAGAGAGGUAUGUCAACACAUGCUGGAUUUUAUAAAGAAAUUUCUCAUGGUA